UGAAGCUGCUUUUACCAUAAAGCUGUCUGCGCGGACGCACCUAAGUGCGUCUGCUUCCUUCGAAGUCGUCUGGAUAGAGGGCUAGCAGGAGGCUUCACACCAUUACGCAUGUUCCGGCUAGCGUGUAGCCUUUACAGAAGAUAUGGCGUCCUAGGUAGUUCUCUUGCCUGCUGAAUUUCACCACAUUAUCAAUUUCUCUUCGAGGCUCUACCAAAAUGGACUUCGCCGAGAACUGGUGCUCCUUAUUGGAGCUCUUUGUAUCGAGCGCGGGCCUGAAACUCCGUAUGCAAAUGGUGGAUACCGUGCUGAUAAAAACGGGGCGUGUACUUGGACACUUCUACACGAGCAAGGACGGCUACAUCUGCCGCUUUAGCGCACAUGAAAUAACUCGUCAAGCCGUGUAUCAGCGCCUUGCCUCCUUACACAGCUUGGACCCACAGCUCAACCCCUUUGGCUACAUCGCCGUAGCACACUAUGGGACUGGUGUAUCUCGGCUUCUCAAACGUGCUGAGCUUCAGGAGCUGAUGGCAACCAUAUGCGGCCCAUACGAGUUCGCGGAGCCGUCACCGCUUGCUGCUCAGAACGAAAACCUAUUCUGUAUUCAGUCGUACGUCGUGCCGCGCAAGGACGUGCGGUACAUCGCGUCGUACGAUGUACAGGAGGGUCCGCUCUGCACGGUGCUGGCACGGCGGUUCAGCUCCCGCUACACGCAUGCCAUGGACGAUCCGGGCACCCUGGUGACCGAUCCGUUUGAGGACACGGACGAGCCGCCCACCGCCUCUGCCAUUAUGGCCUCCGCCGCCGCCGCUGCUGCUGCAGCCGCCGCUUCCGAUGGUUCCCCCGGCGCCGGCGGUCUGCGUGACGACCCGGGCGCUCCUGCUCUCAGUGCGGAUGAGCUGCUGGUUGAAAGCCAGCUAGUGGCACUAGGGCUGCUUGAGCCGCGGAGAGUCAAGGACGGGGAGGCGACGGGGGCGGACAACGGCGAGGAGGGAGGUGAUGGCGAUCCGCCGAUGUCGCCAUCAGAUGCCGUGUCCACGUCCAUGCCCGCUCCUCGCCGCAUCAAGGACGACAUCGCUCGGCUGCUCCAAGUCCUCUCCUCCUUCGUAGAACGUGCCCACGGUCAACGCAUCGUCGGUCUUGUCGCAGAGUUUAUAGCAGCCGCAGGCCCCGUCGCCGGCGCCGCCACCAGCGGCGGAGCGCCCCCCGCCGGCGCGCUCGUCCUCAUGGCCGUACACGCCGUACAGCUUGACCCACGGGCCAGUCGCGGCCGACUGGGGACCUUCACGGAACGCUGGACGGACUAUCUAGAGGGUUUGGCGCCGGCGCCGGCGCCGCAGGCGCCGGGGCGUAGGAACCAAUCCCCCGGCAUGCUGCGUGCCGGAGACGCCUCGCUGGUCAUGACGGACCGAUCCAGUGGGCUGCUGGUACGUACCGCUCCCGCGCCGACGGGCCCGAGUGACAGGCUGGGAAUGCUGGCGGCGGCGGCGGUGCUGGGUGGCCCGCACCGUCUGUCACCGGCGGCUGGCGGAGGCGUCGGGCUGGGCGGCGGCGCGACGGCGGCGGUGGUGCUGGGCACGCAUUCUUUGCGGGUGCAUGGCGGCGGCGGCAGUGCGGCGAGCAGCCCGGCGGCGAGCACGCUGACGCGGAUCUACUCGGCGUCGCCGUCGCUGGCGGCACACCGAGUGGCGGCGCUGGCGGAGGCGGGAAGGCCCGGGUCGGCACCUGCCGCUGUGGUCAAGGUGGGUCGCCACGUCUCCAACUCGGUCCACUCCUCCGCCUCCAACGGCCACUACACGCUGCGCAAUGUCAUGUCAGCGGCACGCGCGGGCGGCGGCGGCAACCCCACCUCGGCGCCCACCGCGCCCGACAGCUACAACCUGUGGCUGUCCCGCGAGGGCGGCCCCACUGACAGCAUGGUGGCUCGACUGGCGCUGGAGGUGGAGUCCCUCCGCGAGCGGCUGCAGCGGCAGACCGACAUCGCGGUGCGGGCGGAGGCGGCGCUGCAGCACCUGGCGCUGUCCAGCCGCAGGGAAACCACGGAGCUCAGGCAGCAGAUCGAGGAGCUGCGCAACGAGGUGGGGCGGCUGGGUGAGGCCAAGCGCAACCUGGCAGUGGAGUACGACAGGCUUCGUUCGGAGCGGCUGGGGCUGCAGGCGGGGCGCAGCGAGCUGAGCGGCGAGGUGGAGCGGCUGCGCGGGGAGCUUGCGGGGGAGCGGGAGACGCUUGCGCGGGCGGUGCGGGACGCCACGGCGCGCGAGGAGCAGCUGGAGGCCCAGCUGCGAACCGCCCGGGAGGAGCGCGAGGAGGCGCUGAAGCAGAUGGGCGGCCUGCGGAGGAGGGUCGAGGAGGAGAGCGAGGUGGUGGAGGCGCUCCGGGGCCAACUGUAUGACUACAAACAGCUAGUCGCGCAGCUCCAAGCCCAAGUGCGCCGAGGCCGCAACAACAAGCAGCUGGUGUCCCUCCAAGGCCUGCCAACCACAAUCGCCUCCUCCGUCAACAUCCCCUCCGGCAUGACCACCUCCAAUGCCGGCGGCGGCGACGCUGCCACCAGCAGCAGCGGCACGCGUGUACGGCAUACCAAGGACGGCGAGGAUUCCGACGCAGAGACGGACCUUGUGCUGGCCGGCGGCGGCAACGGCGGAGCGGGAGAUCAAGGCGGCAUGGGCGGGCUUCACAGCAGCGGGAAGGCGAUAGGCGGCACGACAGGCAGCAGCAGAGUCAGCAACGCAGAAGGCGGCCACUUGCAUACCCACCGCCAGUCCUCCCCCACUCCGGGCAGCCACCACCACUUCCCCGCACGCCGCGGCGAGACGCCAGGCACAGCCUCGGUUAAGAGCCGCCGUGUGUCUACCGCGGAAGGGCCCCGCUCCCACUCCCCCAGCCGACACGGGCAUUCCAACUCCGGAACUGCGCGCUCAGUCACCCUGUCCUCACCCAAUCCACAACUCAUGUCAGCCACGAUAUACGGCACCCCGCUUGAGCUCACACCAGAUGCAUUCACUGUCGUACUAGCCGACAUUCGCCGUAAACGCCUCGGCCUUCCAGCGCCGGCAGGCCCCUUAGAGCGUCUGGAUUCCGCCGCCACAACGCGCGACGGCCCCGGCGGCACCGCCCCUAGCACUUCCGGGGCUAUCCUCGUACCGGGCAGCAUCAGCAGCGUCGCUGCCAGCGGCGAGAUCAGCCCCAGUCGGCUUGCCCCGCCGCCGUCGCCGUCGGCACUCAGCACCACCAGUCCCACGGGUCUGUGCGGGCGCAGCAGCAGUCCGGGCAGCACGGGCGGCGCGAGUGUGCGCGCGGGCUCGGCGCUGGGUGCUCGACCGAUCAACUACGAGCAGAUUAUUGCACAUGACCUGUUUCUUAUGAGCUGGGCUCGGGAGUCGCUGACACCGAGGAUGAUUGAGUGUCAUGCGAUUGCAAUACAGUUGGUGGCAGCGGAGGAGGCGUCCCUCGCGGAGAUCUUCAACUUCUAUGGCCACCUAGGCCAGGUUGUCUGGCUAGACUCCCGCCUCACCAUGAACGAGAAGCAGUUCAUCAAGCUCGCGUGUGAAACGGGCGUGUCGGAGUCCUCCGUAGACGACAUGAAGGAGGUAUUCCGCAAGCUCUCGGACAAGACCGAGUUCGCCUCCGAAACCGCCGUACGACAUCCCUCGCCGUACAUCAACUUUGAGCAGUUCCCGGAGGCGGUGCUACGGCUGGCGGCGCUGCGCUACGAGUGGCGGCCGCCUGAGAACCUGGAGGACGCGGAGGAGGAGCUGUAUUUCGCCUCGCCGCCCUUCAUGCCGCCGAACCCUCGGGAGGAGGAGGAGGAGGUAGAGGCGCCUCCGAGACCGCCCGAGACGGUGUACGUGCAGAUCGUCAAGGCAUACCUCAAGGACGACCUGGUGCCCCGUGCGCGGCGCUUCAAGACGGCCGGCAGCGCUCGAGCCAAGUACCGCUCCCUGACCCGCACCGCUCCGUCGGGGCUGUGGCUGAGCAGCAAGUCGUUGACGGCGGGAGUGAAAGCAGCAGACAUGCUUGCAGGGGUGUAGGCGUGUAGGCUUAUAUCGUGUAUGCGUGUAACGCCCUCCGCCUGCGCAUGGGGUGUAGGGGUGUAGGCGACACACUCUGUGUUGCAGAAACUUUCCAGCCGUCGGUCGUCGAUUAAAUUCGGCCGACGCUGAAUCAUACUUUGGCGACUUACGGGUUGUACCGAAACUUGUACGGCUGACGCUUAACGAAGCGGUUUAUAACGUUUUACGGGUAGGAAACCAAACCAAAACACGUGACGAAUAGGACUGGUGGUUACCUCUUUGCCUGACGAGUGGAUGUUGGCCGGUGCGUGGGGGCCUUACUUGAGGGAAACGGUUUGGGAGCCGUUACCAUAUGCGGGGCUGUGAUGCCCCGCCCUGGGCCUCGUUAGCCUCUUAAUGCCAUCGCUGUGCUAGUUACUUGGACCGUGGGAUGUGCUCCCAUUCGACCUACCAUACUGUACGAACUGUCUUUGACUAGCUCUUCAUUGGUUUGCACGAACAUUAGUUUACGCGUACUUGUCUUAUGUAGCUUAGAUGCGCGUGUUUUUAGCGGGCGGCCUGAAGGCUGUUGCUGACUUGCAUGGGGGGAGUGGGUGUGCGACACUUGUCGCGCGAGGCGGCUUGGUUGACCGGACUGCAUGCCUUUUGACUGGACUGCAUGCUUUGUGAGACACGCAUGGACGGUUGUGUUACUGCAAGAUAUGGAAGAGACUUACCGGUAUGCACAGUGACCCAUGGGCCGCUUAUGCUUUUGAUAUGAUGUGCAUUAGUCGCCCUGCCCCGUCCCUUAUCGUAGCAACUCUCGCAGUCCUAGCUACUGUGCACGCAUAUGUCCAUCCGCUUGGUGCUAUAUUGGAAAUGCGGCCUCCCAAGGUGCCGUAUGCCGCGUGUAUAUGCUGAGGGUACGCCGCUGUUGGGCCCCUUUCCUUGACGUUUCGUGUUCAAGCCUGGUUCAAGCACCCCAAGCAUGCCGUACAAUAGCAUCUCCGCAUUUGCUAGUUGAUUGGGGGAAGCGUCUGCUGGGUACGAGUACCGGUAGGUGUGGCCGGGAAAGCGUCGGCGAAGAGACGCAUUUGCGGUGACAUUUGUGUUUUCAGUUUAUCCGCGUGUAGCGACGAUAUGUAACCUCUCAUGUCCUAACAGCACAACUCCCCUUUCCACCGGCCAAGCCUUCCCCGAAGCCGUCGCUCCAAC